AUGGAAGAUCUAGGCAUUACCAGGGCAGAUGCCCAAAAGUUCAUUGGGGCUUACUCCGCUUUCUUGAAGCGUCAAGGAAAGCUUCAAAUUCCUGGAUGGGUCGAUACUGUCAAGACCUCUGCUUCCAACGAACUCCCCCCUCAGGACGCUGACUGGUUCUACGUUCGCGCCGCCGCCGUUGCCCGUCACAUCUACCUCCGCAAGACUGUCGGCGUUGGCCGUCUCCGCAAGGUUCACGGCUCAACCAAGAACCGUGGCUCUGCCCCAUCCCACCACGUCGACGCCUCCGGCCAGGUUGACCGCCGAGUUCUCCAGGCGCUUGAGAAGAUUGGUGUUCUUGAGAUCGAUGAGGAGAAGGGUGGCCGACGGAUCACCCAGAGCGGCCAACGUGAUUUGGACCGUAUCGCCAAGACCACCGUGGACGAGGAGGAGGAGGAGGAAGACGAUGAGUAA